AUGAAAAUGAACUUUGGUGGAGACGGUGAUGAUCAGGAAUUUGAACUUCUCGGUGUAGGCGGUAUUCAGGCAAACGAAAAAGAUUCAAUCAAAGAAAACAAGCGUGGCAAUCAAGAAAAAUCGGAAAAUGCAAAGAAUGUUGAUAUUUAUAAUCAAAAUGGUUCUGAAUUACACACUAAAGACCGCAAUGAUGAAAUUGAUACAAAUAUCGAAGAAAAUAAGGACAGUCAAAGCGUUAAACACAUUAAAGGAGCCGGCGCUAUUCAAAUAAAACCUAAGAACAAUAAUGAAGAUAGUAUGUUAAUAAAACCUCCAAGAAAUUUUAAAAUUUGUUUAGAAAAGCCUCAAUACAAACUUGACGUUCCUCAAUAUCGCACACACCCUCCUAAAGUUCCUUCUGACGCACCUUCCUCUGAUGAACCUUCUGCUCCUCCUGCAGGUCCACCUUCUGAAAAUAAUGAACCAAAUCCUGAAGAUCAACCCGAUUUGGUCCAUGUUAUCGGAUUUGAAGGUAAAGAAGAAAGCUCCAAGAAGGAGAAUAAAAAGUUGAAUAAGAAGGAAAAAGAAAAUGCUAAGAAUGUUGAUAUAUACAAUAAAGAUGGCUCUGAAUUACACACUAAAGAUCGUCAUGAUGAGAUUAACACAAACUUUGAAGAAAAUAGUGAUAGUCAUAGUGUUAAAAACCUGAGAGGAGCAAGCCUUACUAAAAUGAACCUUCCUGAUGGUAAUGGGGGUGAAGAACCAUGCGAUGAUGAGCCUUCUACUGAUUCACCAUCUGGUCCACCUUCCGGCAACGAAGAACCACGUCAGCAUAAUAUUCCUCGAACUCCUCGUCCUACCCGUGGUCCUCGUGCUUCUCGCACUCCUCGUGUCCGUCAACCUGAGCAACAAAAUCCUGUGCCAGAUUGUUCAACAGAUCAACCAGAAACUGCAACUCGCGGGUCUGGCAAAGAAUGCACUUUGUUGCAAAAACUUGCAAAACGUCUCGGUAGAAAUGUUUCAUGUUAA